AGUCAUGAACAACUAUUCCUUCCUUGAGUCCUCCCAACAACAGGCCCAGCAGCAGCAACAACAACAUAACCAAUCGCGCCCACCACCCUCACCCUCACACUCGCAAGCUGGCAGCAUAGCAGGAUCGCAAGUGAACGGCGGCGGCCAAAACAGUAUUCCGAUGGUCAACGGACUGCCAAGCGGUGGUCAGCAGACGGACAUGAACCACCUCUGGGCUGUGGUGCAGCAGUUGAGCCAGCUGUUGGAGGAGAACAAGGCGCAGACAAGAGGUAUUGUAGAAGGGGUUGCUGCGAUACAAGGAAGGGCUGCUUUGGAGGAGGGUGGAGAGGUUGGCGGUGGUUCCGCACCGAGGGGAAACGGAGUGAGCAUGAGAGAAGUAAAUGGAGAGAUCAACGCAGCGACCCAGACACAUCUCCAAAACCAGCUCACAACAGCCCAAUCGACCAUCGCUUCCCUCACCGCAACAAACACAUCCCUCUCCGCUCUCCUUACAGACUACGAGUCUGCCUUGGCUCUUUUACUUGACAAGUUGCGCCCAUAUGCUUAUUCCCAAACAUCGUCGAUCCUUGCACUUCACAAGCAUUAUCAAACACUGCUUGAGCAGGAACGAUCUACAUCUAUGAGUCUAAGGAUCGAGCACGCAGAAUGGCAAGCGGGACUUAGCCGCGUAGCAGAAAACGCAAGGAACGCACUACGAAUGCAGGGAGAGGUGGAGGCAGGCUUGCGUGGACGCUGUAAAGAGCUCGGAGAAGAGAACCGUGUUCUCCGACGCAUGGUAGGGUGGGAGGAGAGAGAAGAUAGUGACGACGAAGACGAGGAUAGCGUAUAGCGAAGCGACAAUAGGGUGGACAUUUGUGCUCUUGUUUCGCGGGUUUUGUGCAUAGCGAUGGCGUUUGGGACACUGUUGUCUUAUAUCCAUGAUUCCGGGGUCUUUGGAAUGAGGUGUAGGCUGUUAGGAUACCGUUACAUCCUAGUAUGAAUAUAAGCCAUAUUAC